AUGUAACUCGAAAAAGGGAUCCUUACCUAUAUUACCUUGCACGGAUCUUUCCAAAAGCAAGAGUCCUUCUACUCCCAAGUAGAAGGAACUCAUGAUGAAGGUCCCAUAUGCUUCUGCAAUGUGUUCCAUCAUGUAUGCCAUGAUAUGUACUAGACCUUAUGUCUCAUUUGCAUUAAGCGUGACCAGCAAAUACCAGGCUAGUCCAGGUGAAGCACACUGGACAGCGGUCAAGAUUAUCCUAAAGUAUCUUUGGAACACUAAUGAUGCAUUCCUGGACACCACCGCCGAUUCGACUAGAGAGGCUGAGUACAUGGCUGCUGUUGAAGCAGCAAAGGAAGGUGUUUGGAUAAAAAAGUUCAUUUCUGAACUUGGAGUGGUUCCUAGUAUUAAUGACCCAAUCUCGUUGUUCUGCGACAACACUAGGGCCAUUGCACAGCAAAGGAACCACAAUCUCUCCAAAAGACCAAGCACAUUGUACGAUGUUAUCACAUCAUACGAGAAAUCAUAGAUAGAGGCGAUGUGGAGAUUUGCAAAGUAGGAAUAGACGACAACAUAGCCGAUCCCCUGAAAAGGCCUUUGGGAAAGCUAAAGCAUGAGGAACACACUAGGUCAAUGGGCAUUCGACCAAUGCCAGAUUGGCCAAAGUGCAAGUGGGAGAUUGUUGGAGCUCGUGCCCUUAUGCCCAACUGCUGUUGUAAUAUCUUAAAUAUUUUCUAUGAUGUAAAGCCAGAUGUAAUAAGUUUACAAACAUCUCAUGCUAAUGUAAACUCUUAAUUGCAUUCCUAGUAUUAUAUUAUAAGAUGUUUAUCAGAAUGACUCUUCUGAUGUUGAGACUGACAUCUUGUCACUUAGUAUAAUUCUAAACGGUCUAUAGUCGAAGCAUUAAUGAAAGUGGGAUAUCGUU